UCAAAUGGAAUUAUUCUUCAAAAAAUCAACCUUGAAGAUCCGGGAGAUUCUUGACGAAAUCUGUCGGAUCUUACUUUCCAAACUGUCAGAUUUUCCUGGAGGAUUCCCUUCUCUUUCUGACCACCUCAUGGGUUCCCAUUUAAAAGUCACACGCCCUUUGUUCUUUUCUUAUAUCUCCUUGUUGAGGUUUUCUUCAUCUUCAUCUCCUUUCUCUUUUCUUUUGUUGGGGUUCUUGCUUUUGAUAUAUCCGAGCCACAAUCAUGGGUAUGGCUACAGAUGCGCAAUUCCAUGUUCUGGCUGUUGAUGAUAGUAACAUUGACCGAAAGUUGAUUGAGAUGCUCCUCAAAACCUCUUCUUUUCAAGUUACUGCAGUGGAUUCUGUUAGCAAGGCUUUAGAUUUCCUGGGUUUUCAUGAAGAUGAACAUAACGAAACCAUUACUCCCUCUGUUUCUCCAAAUGAUCAUCACCAGGAUGUAGAUGUCAAUUUGAUAAUCACAGAUUAUUGUAUGCCGGGAAUGACGGGCUAUGAUCUUCUUAGAAAAAUCAAGGAAUCUGAAUCUCUUAAAGAUAUUCCAGUUGUGAUCAUGUCCUCGGAUAAUAUUCCAUCAAGGAUUAACAGAUGCUUGGAAGAAGGAGCAGAGGAGUUCUUCCUGAAACCAGUUCAAUUAUCUGAUGUGAAUAAGCUUAAACCCCAUUUGUUGAAGUGUAGAGCCAAGGAAUCACAACCAAACAUUAACAAUAGAAAUGGCGUGGAAGAAAGGCAUUCUCCUGACAGAACAAUAACAAGUUAUGGCGGAUUGGAAGUGGUCUAAACAUCACUUGAUAAGAAUAAUAUACAGGGUAUCAGUAGCAGGCCAAGUUACAGACUCAUAGAACAUAGGCCUCUUUUAAUUAUUUUAUAUCCUUAUUAUUUGUACGUUUUCUAAGGCUGAUUAAAGAGGCUCAAAAGAAGUAUUGAUUCAUAAAGAGUGGAGAAAGAUAUAUUUAGGAAUUUGGGUUGGUUAGUUCUUUUGUAAAUUAAAACAAAAGGAUUGGUUCAAUUUUGCUGGCUGAUUUACAGAAUAUGUUUUUAUUUUUAUUUUUUA